AUGUCAUCCCUCGCAAUGGCGCGCCUUACAGAGGAGCGCAAGCAGUGGCGCAAGGACCAUCCAUUCGGCUUCUACGCGCGUCCACAGAAGAAGGAGGACGGAACUCUCAACAUGAUGGUAUGGGACGUCGGAAUCCCUGGCAAGGAAGCUACGGACUGGGCAGGUGGCAUGUAUUGUGUCGUCAUGACCUUCCCCGAAGACUAUCCCACCAAGCCUCCAAAGUGCAAGUUCAGCCCCCCUCUGUUCCAUCCCAACGUGUACCCCAGUGGGACAAUCUGCCUUUCCAUCUUAGAUGAGGAGAAGUCGUGGAAGCCGGCGAUUAGCAUCAAGCAGAUCGUCCUCGGCAUCCAGGACCUGCUGCAGCACGCUAACAUUGGCGACCCAGCCCAGAUUGACGCGUACACCAUGUACAAGAACAACCGCGACCAGUACGACAGCAAGAUCCGCCAGCAGGCCAAGGAGCGCCGUCCAAAGUAG